AGCAACGCCUAGUUAAAAUCAAUCAGAGACUGGCAUUGGCUUGGAGUCUCAUGUCGUCGGAGGUAUGUUAAGUGACGAGCUUAUCACUGAACGACAGUCGCUAGUAGCUCCAGCGAUCGCUCGUACCGUGCUCAAGAACUUGAUGGCUUUGCUAUCGAUUGGUGGGUGAGAUUGACAACAGCUACAAGCCGGCUAUUGAUUUGUACCAGUCUUGACAUCCCCAUCACCAUAAGGAUGGCGUCCAUUCUCAACACAUCCCGCAGAUGUGUGAAAAAACUGUAUGAAAUUUUCUGUUGUGACAACAAAUGUUGUGACUGCUGCUUCGGAAGUGAAAAAAAGUUAACAAAGUCGGACAUUCAACAUUCCUUUAGGGAAUCGUCUGCAAGACUAGAUUCAACCAGUUCUGCUGCCGAAAGCACGCGAAGCUUCCGAGAACGAAUGGAAUCGGACAACGCCUCGUCACGCACCGACUCCGUGUCCUCGGCGUCGCAGCUGAGUGGGGAAUACCGCCGAGGGACGACGACGCCCGUCAUUGAUAUGAAACCCAUAGAGUUCUGGGCUGCGAACCGAGAGAGCGUGCAGCCCAAGCAACACCGCCGACGCCUUCCGAGUGAAACGGAAAUCAGUGUAGAAAAUUUUCAGCCAGAUUUGUAUGAAGAGGAAAAAACAGAACCUUGUCUGACUGAUGAGGAGAAAUUAGCCAAGUAUCAACUUGGGCAGAUUCAUAUUGGCUUGAACUACGAAGUAUCUACUAAAGUUUUGAUGGUUAAAAUCAUUGAGGCCAAAGACUUGCCCAGACCUUUUUCUAUGGACGAGAACAAACAGGAUAUGGCUCAUUCGAACCCGUACUGUAAAGUUUGUCUUCUUCCGGACCAAAAGAACUCGCAACAGACGUCAGUUCAACGCAAAACACAGGAACCGACCUGGAAUGAAUAUUUUAUGUUUGAAAUUCCCUACAGUGAAGUGCAGAUGAGGACACUAGAAAUCCUGGUGAAAGAUUUCGAUAAAUAUUCCCGCCAUUGUAUCAUUGGACAAGUCUAUUUACCGUUAACAAACCUACAGCUUCUGAAAGGCGUCCACAUGUGGAAACCACUCAGUCCUAGCACAAAGGAGAGGCACGACCUGGGGGAAAUCCUACUGUCGCUGAACUAUCUGCCAACAGCCGGGAGGUUAAACAUUGACGUCAUCAAGGCAAAACAACUUCUACAGACGGACAUGAUUGGUGGCUCUGAUCCAUUUGUGAAAAUAACGAUGGUGCAUUUCGAGAAACCAAUUAAAAAUAAGAAAACUUCCGGGAAGAAAAACACCAUCGAUCCAGUGUUUAAUGAGUCCAUCAACUUCAACAUUACCCCACAACAACUAGAAAACACCAGCAUCGUAAUAACAGUCUGGGAUUACAACUCCAAAAGUAAAGACGAUUUUGUCGGUCGAGUAGUGUUGGGAAAAUAUGGAUCGGGUCCCCACGAGUAUACGCACUGGAACCGGAUGUUAACUUCGCAGCGUUCUGCAGUUGCGCAGUGGCAUUCACUUCGAUCGCGUCAAGAGUGCGACCAAGUGUCGCCUGCGUCAAUUGCUGUGCCGUGACACCGUAUAUUGCGCAGUAGGAUGCAAAUAUCAAACGCCUGUUGCUGACAAGAAUUUUCCAUACAUGCCAAAAUAAGAGAUGUUAUUUGUACGAAGUGACAUUUUGUUCGUGAUAUGAUAAUGUUCCGAGUACCUUUUAUACGCUUUUCAAUUGAAAGUUGUUAAUUUUCUGACGACUUUCUCCUCUGAUAUUGGCAGGCAACACAGCAUGUAAAUUUCGAGCAAUUUACAGUGUUAAUGUCAUGAUCUAUUAACAUGUGAAAUUGAUCACAUGAUGUUUCUGUGAGAAAUGGCAAUUUUCACCUACCCUUUUGGUAAGGAUCAACUUUUUCUAAUAUCAGGGUGUCAAAAUAUUUUUUUUUUUAUAAAACACAAUCAUUUUUUUUGUAAUCUUUUGCAAAGUUUGUUGGAAAUGAAAGAAAAGCCAAUGACUUACAUUUUUUGUACUGGUCUUACCAUAUUUUGCUGUUUUGUAUCAAAAAACCAUGUCUGUAAAGUCAUGGCCAGUAAAGGAAAUAUAUUUUUUGUGAUUGAAAUAACAUUUAUCAUGCAUAUGCCAUAUGGCCUGAUUUACGAUUAACGUUCUUAAAGUAUUGAGAACAAAUCUCAUAGUUUGAUAUUUUCAUAUAUCUAUUAUGGUCUUUUUGAUGCUUACGCCGUUAAAAGAUCAAUUGAUAGAGUCCAUUUUAUUUUAUUCACGCCAAUGCAAACAAAGAAUUCACAGAGCUCUCUCUCUCUCUCUCUCUCUCUCUCUCUCUCUCUCUCUCUCUCUCUCUCUCUCUGUAUCGGUGUGAAUGUAAAAAUUAUUUCGUGUAUUUUAAAAGAUUAUUACAAAAUUAUUUAGAGUUGGCGCUCUGCAAUUCACCUCAAAACCCCUGAUUUUUUUGGCACAUCAAAUUACUCUUUAAAAAAAAAGAAAAAACAGACAGCUUGUAUUGCACUGGCAAAGAAUGAGACAAAUGGAAAUUAGCACUUUCCUCUUGGGAUCACAAAUUGAUCGUUUGAUAUUAUAUCAUUGCUUGAACUGAUGUGUGUAUUCGAUAUUAAUAGCUGCACUGUUGUUGGCGCAAUAUCCAAGAUGUAUUAAUGCGCAGUCGCCACGACAGGUGGAUGCACUUGUUAGGAAAUGUUAUGUUUUAUUCAUGGGGAGUGCGGAAUUACAAAAAAAGGGCCUUGAUCAUGGCGUAUCUGUGAUGUUUAGUUUUCGCUGGCCAUGGUCAUUCGUUGUGUUUUAAUAUUAUAAAAUACCGCACAACAAAUACAGUUUCAUAAUAUAAAUUUAUGUAUGAUCAUAUGUACAUUUAUCUUCAAUUGAUUUGUUCAUGAUUAAAAAUCAUAUAUAUAUAUUUUUGUAUGUUACCUGAAUAGAUUUUUCUGUUGAGUGUUGAAUAUAUUGUCACCUUGUACAAAAAUAAAAAUUGAUUAAAAAAGGUUGGACAAUAAAAUAUUGCUUACA